GAGAAGAGUCGCUGAAGAGCGAAGGCGAUGAGACUAAAGGCUCGAUGCGAACUGUACGUCUUGACGUGACUAGUCAAGAGAGUGUGCAAAAAGCUGUCGUUUUCACCGAAAUGCACCUUUCCGGUGGUCUUCAACUCUGGGCACUUGUCAAUAACGCUGGCUUCUUUGCGUUGAACGGUCCCGAUGACUGGUGCUCACUUGAAGACUAUGAUCAAUCGUUGAAAGUCAAUACGCUCGGCCAUAUUCGAGUUGUGCAUGCAUUCAGGCAUUUACUGGAACGUUCUAAAGGUCGUAUCGUGACCGUGACGAGUGCCACAACUCGUUUACCGUUAGCCGGAGCUUGCGCCUAUACGGUCGCUCAGUCUGCAAUCGAGGCUUACACGAACGCACUCAGACACGAAGUCCGACCAUUCGGUAUCACUUGCCACAUUAUUGAACUUGGCAUAUUCCGUACGGACUUCAUUGAUUCCGCCUCACUGAAGGCACGACUGAAUACAUCCUGGGAGAAACUGACGCACAAGAAGAAAGCGAAGUAUGGUGAAGAGUUCAAGGAUGACUGUGAGUUUCAGCUGAAUUUCUCUUGA